AUGCUCUCCUCUCACGGUCGAGGUGGUGCUGGCAACAUGGCCGACUCAACCCACACUGAGAAGACAGAUCCCAGCAAGCUCCAGACUCCCGUUCUCAAGGGCUCUGUUGUCACCACCGGCCGUGGUGGUACAGGCAACAUGGCCAAGAACGAUGACCCUCGUGAAACUCGCAAGCGUCAGGACGUUGAAGCUAUCCCUCGACGCCCCUCAUCUGGUGCUCAGCAUUCUGGCCGUGGUGGCGCGGGCAACGUCUUCAAGGACAAGGAGACAGAGUUGACCCGCAAGCCCAGCAACGACGAAGCUAUCACUGACGAGGAGGAGCCCAAGUCUGCCAACUCACCUAGUGCUGCUGGCGAGUCGUUGGCUCAGAAGGGCAAGAACUGGCUCUUUGGCAAGAAGGUAUAG